UCCGGCGAGGGGACGGGGCUCGGGCGUCGGGCGAGGGCGCUGCCCGCCGGCUCGUGGACGCGGAGGGGCGGACGGCCGCUCCGGGAGGCUCCGCGGGACUCGGGCGUGGGUGGCGCCGCCGGGGCGCAGGUCGCCGUCCCCGCUCGGGGCCCCGGGAGCAUGAGCGGGCCGCGCGUGGACGUGAAGGUGGUGAUGCUGGGCAAGGAGUACGUGGGCAAGACCAGCCUGGUGGAGCGCUACGUGCACGACCGCUUCCUGGUGGGGCCCUACCAGAACACCAUCGGGGCCGCCUUCGUGGCCAAGGUGAUGUCCGUCGGAGACCGGACAGUGACUUUGGGCAUUUGGGACACGGCGGGCUCUGAGCGCUACGAGGCCAUGGGCCGCAUGUACUACCGGGGCGCCAAGGCUGCCAUAGUCUGUUAUGACCUCACAGACAGCAGCAGCUUUGAGCGAGCCAAGUUCUGGGUGAAGGAACUCCGCAACCUGGAGGAGGGCUGUCAGAUAUACCUGUGCGGCACCAAGAGUGACCUGCUGGAGGAGGACAGGCGGCGACGGCGGGUGGACUUCCACGACGUCCAGGACUACGCAGACAACAUCAAAGCUCAGCUCUUUGAAACAUCCAGCAAGACAGGACAGAGUGUGGACGAGCUCUUCCAGAAAGUGGCAGAAGAUUAUGUCAGUGUGGCUGCCUUCCAGGUGAUGACAGAGGACAAGGGUGUGGACCUGGGCCAGAAGGCAAACCCCUACUUCUACAACUGCUGUCAUCACUGAGUCUCCGCUCACCUGGCCUGUGAUUUAAAGGAACUUCUCAGAGGGGCUGGACCCAGCUCUUGUGUGGGCUUUGGGGGGGGGGGAGGGGUCAAACAUCUGAGCUACCCCAGGUCCCCAUGGCAGCAAAGCUGGCAUCUGCCUGUGCUGGCCCAUGGAGUGGAGGCGGCAUGGGGCUGACUGACGGGCAUAAGGAGUGUUAUGGGCCAGCGUGGGUGCCAGGCUCCUGCUCUGGACAGUACUGUGUCUGCAGAUUAUUUAAGUGGCUUCUGAUCUGUAAAUAAAAUCAAUGCACUGUGACUUACA